UGAUUACUAGGCUGCUAGCGGCGAUUCCCUAGAGUAGACAGUAAAACUGGGAGCUGUCAAACUUCUCCCCCAAAAAAUACCCAAAGGUACGUUCUGGAUCGUCUGGAGACUUUCCGAAUGUACAGUUCAAAUUUAAAAACAAAACGUUCACUUGAAAUCGUGCAGCAUAUUUAGCAAUGUCUACCAGAAAAAGGAGCACUUCAGGUUCCAAAAAACAACUGAAAGAAAAAAUUGUCCAAAUUUAUGAAGCUUUUUUUCGCGGAGAAGAUCAGUCUAGUGGAAAUCCGAAUUUUUGGGAUGAAUUUUUUCUGCUGAAACCUAAAGUUGGUGUUAUUGAAGCAGAGCUGGUGAAACUCAACACUGAACAGUUGCUAAUAUUGAAAGAGAACUUAAAUACCUUGUUUUCCAAAUGUAUCUCUAUGCUAGGACAUGACCAUCAGAUACGAGUGGCUCAUUCAUUGCAGACAUUGUGUGCCUUAAUAAAAGCUGGUUUUGCUCGAACUGCAAUUGAUGUAAACUGUGACAUCAUUGAGCUCUUGAUUGGUGGGGGGGCUGCUGAUAUGCAAAUGCAAUUGCUAAUAGAACAUUGCUCGGACAUUUUGACAAGUGAAUGCCCAGUUCCUAUUAAAGCCCUAUGCCUAAAAAUGAUGGUAUUAGCUUGCACUGGCAAUGAUAAUAUUGCACAAAAUCCGUUCUGUGAGUUUCUUACUCAACAUUCUGUUUUUGAAUCUCUGGUUCACAUACUUUGCCAAACCCAAGGACGUUUGGAGCUAGGGCAGGAUGCUGUUGUAGUAGUCACACUCAUGGCGUGUUAUCGCAAAACUGGAAGUGCCAAUCCUUAUGUAGUCAAACUUUCUAUGCUUGACGAUGAACUUGCCUUAACGGCUUACGCUCAAGUUGUCAUGGCCUCUUUGGGUGAAUUCAAUGAACGCUAUGUUCAGAGUAGGCAGGCUGAACCACAAUCUUCCUGGCUUUCCUCUUUAACUUCCAUGGUUGGAUCUAUGUUUGUUUCCGAUGAAGCAGAGAUUAGGAUCGGACAAGUCAAAGCUAACGAUGCGGGACUAUUAGCACUGUACCAAGCCGUCCAUCUCAAUCGACAUUUUGUUGGUAUCAUAGCGCAAAGCUUAGCAGAUGUAAAUCCUCCAACAGCCAGUCCAGAAGACAGUGAAAUGGCUAAUCAAGCGAAUCAGGCCGAUAUUACCAAUCCGAAUAAUGCAACUAGUGGCGAAAAGAAUAACGUGGCAUUGCCGCCUAGCGUAGAUGUUGCUAUGCCCACCUCCAAUCUCAUGGCUACAUAUUUGGAAUACUGUUCAAUUGUGAUGCAAGACACUCGUUCAGAAGCUGCGUAUCACAGCACAAAGCUUUGCUUCCUAAUACUAACUUGCGUUUCAGAAGACGAGUACGCCAACUCGUUGAUGCACGAUCCUGGUUUAACAUUCCGAGUACCACUGCACCGGUUGCCGAUGCGACAUCGCAAAAGUUUGACUGACAAAACACCGCCUUUUCGCCCGUUGGUCUGCGGAUUAUUAGAUCUGAUCAUAGAGUUUAUUCUGAGCCAUCUAAUGAAAAAAUUCCCACACGAAUUGUACGAGUUGGCUUUAGGUGUUGUUUUACGCGUUUUGUGCCACCAAAAACGUUGUCGCUUGCGUUUGUCACUGUGCCCAUGGAAAGAACUCUGGGCGGCGUUGAUUGCUUUGCUCAAGUUUCUCCAUGGCAGCGACUCGGCGCUGAUUCGAAAAUUCGACCUCUUCGCGCUUGCUACUCAAGCCGUCAAUAUUUUAAAUCUAUUCGUCACCUUUGGUGACACGUUUUUGCCCUCACCGCAGAGUUAUGAUGAUCUUUACUACGAGAUAAUCAGGAUGCACCAUGUUUUUGAUAAUCUUCACGCCAUGGCGCUGCGUUAUUCUACUGGAGAAAGUGAAUUUCGAGAAUCAGCUGUCCGUUUGUCAGCCGCUCUGAUUAACGUCCGUGCCAUUGGGCAACAUUUCAAACCCAAAGUUGAAAUGUGGAUGGAGAGUCAAAAACUCUCUACACCGACUCAAGAUCAGAUUUUAGAAGUCGUUCGUUCGCAUUAUGAUUCUUUGACUCUGAAAUUGCACGAAAGUUUGGAUGCAUACGAACGUUACGCUGAGCGACCACCUGUUGCGGCUUUCCUUUCGUCAAUUUUAAGGAGCGUUGUCUCGGUCAUCCGUUCCACGACUGAUCCAACCUCGAUAGACGCCCAUCGCUUGCUACUGGAAUCCACAGCACCAACCACCCCGACGUCACCGUCCGCACCGAUCUGAAUUCUUGAUCAACCCGGUGAUUUCAGAUAUUUUAUUGUUUAGUGGUGCCAUCAACUGAAAUAGGACGGCACCGUGUAUGUAGCAUACGAACAGAUUGAAUAUAAUACCACAUCCUGA